AGUUACAGAUGCCAAAGGAAGGAGCCUCUCAUGAGAGAAUGUAUGGAUAAGACACUCCCUUGUCUCAGAAGAGCAGCAAUAUAUCAUCGUCACCCUGCUGCAUGUUGUCACUGGCCAUGUUUGAGGUUUGGCUGCAGAGGACAAAACAUCGGACUCUGGAGGAGGAACUCAUUCAGGUGGUCUGGCAGAUUUUCCGGAAUGGAAGAUUACUACAUUACCAGCAGCUCACAGGACCAAAGCUACGGUUACAGCAGCACCACCUCCAAAUACCACAUUGACCCUGUACGUGUGGUGACAUGCAUAAUCGUUGCUGUCGGCCUUCCUCUGACCCUGGUGGCCAUCUAUGCUCUUUAUUCUAUGGUGAGAAGAGAUCAAGUUGCUCCCAUCUACCUCAUCAACCUUCUCAUUUCUGACAUCCUUCAGUUCUGCUGCAUGAUCGUUUGGGUGGCACCAAAUAUUCGUGGACAGAUAUCUGACAUCUUCUUAUAUAUUCACUUCUCUGCUCUGUUUGCCAGUAUUUGCUUCAUGGUCUGCAUCUCCCUGGAAAGGUAUUUGGUCAUCGCCCACCCACUGUGGUACCGCUUCAGACGAACCAUCAAGACCUCUGUGGUGGUCAGUGUCCUGGUCUGGGUCCUGCCACUUCUCUUUUUGUUCAUUUGUUGGCUUUAUGGUGUGAAUCUACACACACUCUUCACUGUCCUCCUCGUCCUCCUCCUCCUUCCCUUCCCUCUGUUAAUAUUCUCCCUGGUUGGGACCCUCAAAGCCCUGUCUGCUUCCAUCUCGGUCCCCUCUGAUGAAAAACGACGAAUUGUGGGAAUUUUGGUUCUGGUGCUGCUUAUUUACACUCUGCUGUUCCUGCCCACGAUCAUUUUGUUAUUGGGAGGAUAUCACAGGACCCUAGAACUCCUGUAUCUCAUCUUCAUCAGGUUGAAUCCUCUUGCAGACUUGUUCCUGUAUGUGUUCAUGAGGAAAGGGUUCAUAGACAAGCUUUUGGCCUCUGUGUGUUGCUGCAGAAUGGACAGCAAUGAUCAGCAGUCCAUCAGUAUGAAUGAUGACAACAUUUCCACAAAGUUUGAGAAGCCGACAGUAAAACAAGAAGCUGCUGCAGGGGACCACAGACACCAUCUGCAUACUGGAUGGUUGAUGCUGGUUGUAGCUCUCUACGUCUUUAACCGUGUGUUGAG